AUGGGUAAUGAAAUACCCUUUACCUUUCCUCAUUUGGAAGCCCUUCCUCGUUCUUCAGCUGUUGUUGUUGAUGCUGUGCCUGUCUUUCUAGAAAAGUUACAAGUGAUUCAGUGUAUGGAUGUUGCAGAACAGGCACUCACUGCACUUGAGAUGCUGUCACAAAGACAUAGUAAAGCUAUUUUACAAGCUGUCAAUGGUGGGAUAGCUGCCUGUCUGAUGUACUUGGACUUUUUUUGUAUCAAAUCAGAUUUCCAGCAUGCUCGACUGAAUCAUCAGGAUAAGAAAUCAGUGGAAAGCUGCUGCCUUUGCUUCUCCCGUCUUGUUGACAACUUUCAACAUGAUCAAAGAAUUCUAAAAGAGAUUGCUGUUCAUGGCCUUUUGACUAAUAUCCAGCAAUUGCUGGUUGUGAGUCCUCCUAUAAUCAAUACUGGGACUUUUGUGAUGGUAAUACGGAUGUUAGCUGUUAUGUGUGGCAGUUGUCCUGACUUGGCAGUGGUGCUGCUGAAACAGAAAAUAGCAGAAACGUUAUGCUACUUAUUGGUUGGUGCUUCAGAUCAAGCUUCACAAAAUAUUGAACUGAUUUCGAGGACACCUCAAGAAUUAUAUGAAAUUGUAUGCUUGAUUGGAGAAUUAAUGCCUAAAUUACCUUCAGAUGGAAUAUUUUCUAUUGAUUCUAUGUUGAGGAAAGGUUCUUCAGUGAGUGGGGAUGCAGUUAUUUGGCAAUGGAGGGAUGAUCGUGGUAUGUGGCAUCCUUAUGCUUUGAUUGACAGUAGAAUAAUUGAGGCUGCACACCAAUCUGGAGAAGAUGAAGUGAGUCUGUCUACUAUGGGGAGAGCUUACACUAUUGAUUUCAAUUCCAUGCAGCAAAUCAAUGAAGAUACUGGAACUGCAAGACCUGUCCAAAGAAAAGUGAAUCCUUUGGUUGCUGGAUGCCUUCAUUCUGCUUCCUCUUCCUCUGAUCCAAAUGUGGAGCAGUGUGAUUCCAGAGAAGAAAUCCUCAAAGAAGACAUAGAUCUUGCUUCUGCAUUCAUUCAGACUUUAUUUGCAGUAUUAUAUGAAGUCUACAGUUCCUCAGCUGGACCUACAGUGCGACAUAAAUGCCUUCAAACAUUACUAAGAAUGAUAUAUUAUGCAAGUGCAUCCCUUCUCAAAGAAGUAUUGAAGAAUCAGCCAGUAUCCAGUCACAUAGCUGCCAUGAUGGCUUCACAAGAUCUAAAAGUAGUGGUAGGUGCCAUUCAAAUGGCAGAAGUUCUUAUGCAAAAACUUCCGGAUGUUUUUAGCAUUUACUUUAGAAGAGAAGGCGUAAUGCACCAAAUAAAAAAGUUAUCAGAAUUGGAAGUCCAAAGUGCAUCAACUCCAGUAAAACCAACAGCAACCAGCAUUACUCCUGGAUCAGCAUCUGGAUCCAGUUCUAGCCUCAGCAGUGGAAGUACUGACACUAUUGAGAGAAAAGACUCUUACUUUAGCAUGGUCACUGUUGGUGCCACUGGAGAAACAGAAGACCAUACUUCACAAAUACAGUUGGAAUUACCCAGAAUCCUGGACAUGGAGCCAGUUGACAGUGGAACCCGGGGGCCUUUUUUAUAA